AGAAUAGAGAAAAAGUGGGAACAGAAAAGAACGGAGGCGGAAAUGGAAGACGUGAAGAGGUACCUGGAGAAGGCGGGCGGUAGUAUUAGUGAAGAGCAGGAGGAGGAGGGGUCUCCGACUCCCACAGCUAUAGCCGAUAGUAUUAGUCGUCGUCGUCAUCGUUUCUUUGAGAGAUUCGUCUUGACGGGCCUCCGCGUAGAUCUUAUAGAGCCUGGUCGCAUCCUCUGCUCCUUCAAAGUGCCCCCUCGGUUACUGAAUGCGGGCAACUUCUUGCACGGUGGAGCAACCGCGACGCUGGUUGACUUGUUGGGGUCGGCCGCAAUCUUCACAGUAGGAUCUCCUGUCACCGGCGUCUCCGUGGAGAUCAACAUCUCCUACUUGGAUGCUGCCUACGUUGAUGAGGAGAUUGAAGUUGAGGCCAAGGUGCUGCGCGUGGGGAAGGCAGUCGGGGUUGCGACCGUAGAGUUAAGAAAGAAAUCCACUGGAAAAGUAAUUGCCCAGGGACGUCAGACUAAAUACCUUAACGUUGCCAGUAAAUUGUGAGCACCGCAGCCGAUCAGGCCACAUGGCACGACAACGCAAUCCUCUUUCAGUGCAAUGAUACCGUGAUAGUAGUUGCAAAUGGGCCCAGGGCGCUCAUGAAUAAAUAAAUAUAUAUUAAUAUGCGCUGCUGCUGUUAUGAAUAAGCAAUGCUGUUUGUGUUUAACUAAUACGAUACCCCUUCUGUCAAAAUGCCCUAAAUUUCUGCAUUUUUUUUUCUAA